AUGCCCCUCGACUUCAAGGACCUCGUCGUCAUCAUCACCGGCGGAGGCGGCGGCCUCGGCCGCGCCUACGCGCACAUGUACGCCAAGGGCAAGGCCAAGGUCGUCAUCAACGAUGUCUCGCAGGCCAACGCCGACAAGGUCGUUGCCGAGGUCAAGAAGCUUGGCGGAGACGCCAUCGCCGCGGUCGGCUCUGUCAUGGACGGCCAGAAGAUUGUCGACCAGGCCGUCAAGGCCUACGGCACCGUCCACGUCCUCAUCAACAACGCCGGCGUCCUCCGCGACCGCUCCUUCCGCAAGAUGACCGAGAAGGAGUUCAACGACGUCUACGACAUCCACGUCAAGGGCGCCUACGCCAUCACCAAGGCCGUCUGGCCCCUCUUCCGCGCCCAGAAGUUCGGUCGCAUCGUCAACACUGCUUCUCCCGCCGGAGUUUACGGGAAUGGCGGCCAAACCAAUUACGCCGGUGCCAAGAUGGCCCUCGUCACGUUCGCCCAGGUACUCGACAAGGAGGGUGUCAAGUACAACAUCAAGGCCAACACGAUCGCUCCCCUCGCCGCCUCGGCCAUGACCCAGACUGUCAUGACCCCCGAGGUCCUCUCCCACCUCGACCCGGACCACGUCGCUCCCCUCAUCGGUGUUCUUACGGCUCGCAACGGUCCCGACGUCGGUGGUCGCCUCUUCGAGGUCGGCGGUGGCUACUUUGCCGAGACCAAGUGGCAGCAGUCUGAGGGCUACGUCUGGAAGGCUGACGACUCGUUCACUCCCUCCGCCAUUGACCUGCAGUGGCCCAAGGUCUUCGACUACUCGAAGGCUACCUACCCCUCGCAGUCUGACGCCGCUCGCAUGAUGGAGGUCAUGAAGCUGCAGCCCUCGCUCCCUCCCAACCCUCAGGGCCCCCCUCCCCCUAUCACCUUCAAGGACUACACCGUCAUCAUCACCGGCGGCGGCAACGGUCUCGGUGCCUCUUACGCUCGCUACUACGCCAAGUAUGGCGGCAACGUUGUCGUCAACGACAUCAGCGCCGACGCGGCCAACAGGGUCGUCGAGGAGGUCAACAAGCUCGGCGGCAAGGGUGUCGCUGCCAUCGGCUCGAUCGAGGACGACGCCGAGAAGAUUGUCAAGAUCGCCGUCGAGAAGUUCGGCACUGUCCACGCCCUCGUCAACAACGCCGGUAUUCUGCGCGACAAGGCGUUCGUCAACAUGACGCCCGAGCUCUUCAACUCGGUCCUCGACAUCCACGUCCGCGGCACCUGGAAGAUGUGCAAGGCUGUCUGGCCCUACAUGCACAAGCAGAACUACGGCCGUAUCCUGAACACGUCGUCGCCGAACGGAGUCGCGGGCGCGCACGGCCAGUCCAACUAUGGAACCGCCAAGGCGGCCAUCAUCGGCUUCACGAAGGCGCUCGCGAUCGAGGGCCGCAAGAACAACAUCUACGUCAACGCCCUCGCGCCCUCGGCCGGCACCCAGAUGACCGCGACGGUGUGGACCGAGGAGCUCCUCAACACCUUCAAGGCCGACUACGUCGCGCCCAUCGCGUGCUACCUCACCUCCCGCGAGUGCAAGGACACGGCCCAGAUCAUCAAGGCCUACGGCGGUCUUGCGGCUGCUUACCGCUACGAGCGCUCCGCCGGUAUCGUCUUCCCCAACGACCGCCCGGCCACCCCCGACCAGCUCGCCGCCCGCUGGCAGGAGGUCACCACCUUCGACAAGCGCGCGACCCACCCCACCUCGUCCGCUGACAGCAAGGGCCCGAUUGUCGCCAACUUUGCCAACAAGGCUGGUGCCCGUCUGUAA